UAUAUUCAGCGCCGGGAAUUUCCGACCCUCAUCUGUGUCUUAACUCAACAAUGUUUAACAUGAAAGAUAUCUGCUCUCCAAAAAAUAGAAACACCGUGAAGCCCAGGCAGUUGAGAAAGCGUCUAAGUAAACGAAAGAGGAUUUGUAGGGGCAAGCUGCCGACUCAUCGCCAGACGUGAUAAUCAGCAGUGGGACAAUGACCGCAGAGUCGAUAGCAUUCCCCUCAUACCCCCCGGGGCAGGGGCCUCUGUACGGGGCUGAGCUGGAGGCCUGGUACGAGGACCUGCAGGACAUCCUGUACUCUGACACCUUCAAGUGCAGCCCACUGCCGGAAUGCACACAGAAGGAGCCAGAAUUCCUAGAUGUCCUGGAAACCUGCUCCCUCUCCUGGCUGUCCGGCGGUGGGGAGGAUGCUGGUACGGAGGUGGCAGAUUUCAGUGUGGAGGCCCCCAAACAGCAGAGCGUGCUGGGCGAUCUCUUCCUGCCUGAAUUCUACGAGCUGCUGGGCGCGGAUGGGGAGGACCACCAGCAGCAAGAACCAGAGCCAGAGAGCAGCUUCACUGUGUCCUCCAGCGAAGAAGAGGCCUGGACUGCUGAAUCUGCCCCCAGCAGCCCUUUCAAACCCAGCCACCAUCCGAGCUCCGGCAACGAAUUGAUGAGCUCCGUCCCAAGCCAGGGGACGAAACGCAAGAAGAGCGGAAGCCCAGCCAGGAACGAGGAGAGCAGCUGCAAGAAGAGCAGGAAGUACAAGGAUCUGGAGAACGAGAAGAAGGUAACAGAGCUGAGAGAGCAGAACGAGAGGCUGAAGAAGGAGAUCGACAGGCUGAGCGAAGAGGUGCAGAGGACCCGGAGAGCACUAAUCGACAAACUUGUGAACGUGAAAAAAUCCUGAAUUAAAAAAUGUACAAAGGUUUACUGAAGCCUCUUAGGGAGGUUUGUAUUGGCCCCUUUGCUAGCAUUAUCGGCUACUGUUCUAGCAGUUGUGUCCCUGUAAGGACAAUAGCCUGUUCAAUGUCUGCAACCGUCUGUCCCGACUAUUUGAUUAGCUUGUGGGCAAUGCGAUCUGUAUGGUCACUGCAGUCAGAAUUCAAAUGUGCAGUAGCACUUAAUAGGUCUGUGGUAGUGGUUCAAAGGCCUCUUUUUUUUAAAUGCAGGCUUGCAAACUAGAUUGCAUUUUUGCCCAGAUCUUUUUUUAAAUCCAGGAUUUUGAAUACAGUAAAACUUUUUAACCUGAAUCUAAAAUUAUUUAACAGAAUUUGCUUUCGUUCACAUAGCCAGUGUAACAUCAAAGGCUGGUUUCCCAGACCCUGAUUAGCACCAAUCUUGGACUACCUGAUAUUAUAGGUCCAGUAAUCUUGAGUGUUUUGAGUUCCCAAAGCUUUAGUAAAGGAAGUUUUACUGUAUCAGUGUUUACUCCUUUGUGCCCUAUUGAUCCAAGCGAUAUUGACAGGUCCAAGCACAGCUCCACUCAAAUCAUUUGACUGGUCAGGAGUAGGUUAUGAAAUGGAAGGGGAAAUGGAAUUUAAAAACUAGAAGGUUGUGAAAGGUUACAGGGUGGUAUGAUAAUAAAUCAUAUAUGUACAUAGACGUGUAUUGCUAUAAAGUUUACUUAAGCCAUAUUGAAUUUUCUCGAAGACGUCCAGUUCACAUUCUUCCCAAUGUGGAACUGCUGUUUCACACUUGAAUUGUUUCUUCAAUUUUGAGUUGAAGAUCUUUAAUGGAAUUUAAUUCUAGAUGUCUAGAUUGUGGUCUUGCAGUGCUUCCAUUCUUCCAGUAGGUGGUGCCAGUAAACCACAAUUGUAGGCUUCCACCACAUCAUUCUAAAUCAUGGUAUACAGUCCUGAAUAAUGGCUUUCAAUUGUAAGUCCUAAAAAUAGUUUUCAAUUUUUUUUUUUUUUUUUUACUACAUGUAACCGGCUGCAUGCAAAGUGUAACGUACUGUACACACCAACUAUGUUUAGUGUGUAUUUUAUUAUGUAAAGGUAACGUUGGUAUUUUAAUCUAUUUUAAUCUCUUUAUGUAUGCAUGCAUAUAUUGUGUUCUAGUUUGGUAUACACUGUAACAUGCUUGUUUAUUUUAAUAAAAAUAUGUUUGACAGUCUUUAAAAUGUGUUCACAUUAAUCUAUGAAUAAUCAAAACAGAUCUACAGCGGUUGAAGCCAAAAAUGCAGUAUUGCUGAAAGAAACUAGACAGAAUUAAAGACAAUGGACUUUAUUUAAAACGCUUACUAGUGUACCGUUUACUUUUUUUUUAACCCCAUACUGUCCAACUAUUUCUAUAUAACUCUACCCCAUUCCUUAACCCAAACACACAAUCCUACAUCCCACUGUCAACCCAAUGUAUUGUGAAUAAAAAUGUAGGCUUCAGCAAGUAUUCUAUAAAAGUAUUUCAAAUAAUGAUGGACACAGUAAGGUAGUGGAUACACAGGGUGAUUAGAAAGUAAGUUUACCACAUCAACGCACCAUAUCAUUGACGUUACUUUCCAAUCACCCUGUAGUUGGAGAACAAUGAAGAUGUAGUUUCUCUUUUACACACUUUCAUGAUUAUCUUAAAUCAUGUUUUAACUUUCACGCCAAGAAACAGUUUGGCAGUCUCUGAAAUAGACUUUUAUUGAUCGCACUCAAAUGUCACAACGCUACAACCCAUCACAUACACACACACACACAGAAAGA